UAUAUAUAUGUAAGAAGUUGAAGUGGGCGCGCCUGCGAGAGGCUCACAGACUAGUCAGCGAGUCCCGCCAAAACGAGUCUUAAGGCCCUGGAGGUUUGUUGUUGUGGGAAUUUUGGCGGGAGAGGCGAGCGAGAGAGAGACAGGGUGCAGAGUAGUGGUGGAUUUGCCAUUUGAUUUGCAGGGUGGUGAUUUGUACGCUUGGUUGGCAGGAGUUUGGUCUUGGCAGUGUGCUGUGGGACGUCAGUGAGGUGGCACCGUAGCAGAUACUGUGAACUAAGGAGGCUGCAGUGAGGAACUUGCUGUCCCUGGCUGCUAUGGUGUUAGUACCGCCGUGCAUGGAGGAUGAGCUGCAGUACUUCAGGGUAGUGGUAGUGGUGUACCUUCAGCGCGUUGGGUCGGUGUGCGGUUGGGCCUAUAGGGUGUGAGGGUCCUGGGGGUACUGGUUAGGGUGGGACUGUCAGUGGCAUAUAACAUUUCUUGUGUUGGUGCGUGAAGUGUUUAUUUCUCCUGUUUAUUUGUAUGUGGAUUUACCCAUUUUCUCAUGGGAUCAGGUAUUUUGGAGUGCCAGCAGUGUGGCCUCUAAGAGUGUUAAGCACUCAUAUUUUAUUUGUGUUUUCUUUAUUAUGUACUCAUUUGUGUUUUCUUUAUUAUGUAUUCAAUCAUUAAAUUUUUAAAUUGUGGCCCAGGUUUCUGUGAACCUAAGCAGGAGGUUUAAAUUAAUCAGUGGGUUCUUGUGGUGAGUGCUUGGUGAGCCUAAUUAAGGUAGGUUAACUGUGCCCUAGUUUUGCACUCAUUACAAUUGGUAGCAGAGCGUAGUUCUAUGCCCUUUUGGGGAAAUUGUUUCAAACUCCUGCUUGGGUCCAGUGCUUUUGGCAAAAUCCACUUAAGUGUUAGUGUGGCACUACUCCUGCACAAUGGAGGAUUUGUUGUGUUUGGGUGAUGUUGAUGGCCAAGGUGUAGCUGGGGUUAAAGUUGAGUGCAAGGAGGAGAGCAGGGAGGUGGAAGUGACCCCAGAGGUAGUUGAUAAAUUAAUCAGUAGCAAUGCUCAGUUAUCCCAAGCAGUGGCACAACUGUGUAAUAAGUUUGACCAAAUGGGGCACAUGCAAAAUAUGGUGUGGUCACGUCCUGUGCCCACUAUUGGAAAAUUCUCUGGAAGGGUACGGAGGGCCAGUGAGUUGGAUGACUGGGUAGAGGAUGCCACAGAGAAAAUAAAGCAGCUGGGAUUACAGGGCUCUGAGGGAGUGUCAUACCUGUGUGGGUUCUUGGAAGGCCCAGCCCGUCGAAGGGUCCGCAACAGUACUGUGAAGACUGUGUCUGACCUUUUUGAUUGUUUGAGGUCUGCUUUUGGACCAGAACUGAAUUAUACAGACUUAGAAAAACAGCUGCAUGCUCGGGUUCAACAGCCAGGUGAAGGAGUGUGGGAAUUUGCUGAUUCUCUGGGUGUUAUUGUGGAUAAAAUGUACAAAGUGAGAGACAAGGGAGAUAAAGAACGGCAAUGGCUGCUAACUACAUGGUUCUGUAGGAAUUUGAGAGACAGAAAAGUAGGAGUGAAGUUGGGAAAAUGGUGGGAAAAGCACCAGCCUGUGAAGUGGGAGGACAUGGUUCAGCGAGCAGCAGACCAAGUGAGUGAGGCUGAGCGGAUUGUGAAGGAAGAAGCAGAGUUAGUGAGUGGGAAAAAGCCAGAGAGAGUUGUGAGGAGUACCCUUUCUUCACCAUCUUGCUCCUUGUGUGGACAACAUGGACACUUGGGAUAUCAGUGUGAACGGUUCAAGGAGUUGGUGUCCAAGACAGCGGGAAACGGGAGUCCUUGA